CCAGGGCUCCCUCUGCCUGUGUGACUGGCCAGCAGGGGGUGGUGAUAACUUUCUAUCCACUUAUCAGACACUGUGAGGCUGCAGAAUGAUGUCCAUGUUUCGCUCCAGUUCAUCCCGUCCUCUCAUUGGACAGGGUAGAGAAAUGGCUGCAGAGGAGCCAGUUCAGGGGCCGGUGACCUUCGAGGAGGUGGCUGUGUAUUUCACCAGGGAAGAAUGGGCUCUGCUGGACCCCACUCAGAGAGCCCUCUACAAAGAUGUCAUGCAGGAGAACUAUGAGAAUGUGACCUCACUGGGGUUUCCAGUUUCCCAACCUGAUGUGAUCUCCCAGCUGGAACAAGGGAAAGAGUCAUGGGUCCCAGACCUGCAGGAUUCAGAGGAAAGACAGACCCUGAGAGCUCCCUUCACAGCAGGUGAUAUAAUGGCAUGUGAGAAAGAGGAGCAGAAUUCUCAGCAGGAAAAUGUUGAGCAAGUGGAUAAACACAGAGCAUUAUUGCAAAGAUCAAAAAGGAAUGUGUCCAGGAGUCAUGAGCAGGAAAAAUCCUGUGAGAUUCAGCACAGACCAGAAAGAGAGCAAGGAAACCAGGCAGGGGUGAAAGUGGGUAAAUGUAUUUCCUGUCCGGGAACUCAGAAGGACUUCAAGGAAACCACAACAAAGCAGGAAAUCCUCAGGGAAAAGAGAAAAAAUACAUGCACGGAGUGUGGAAAAAACUUAUGUGACUACUCAGCCCUUAUAAAGCAUCAGAGAAUCCACACCGGGGAGAGGCCCUAUGAAUGCAGUGAGUGUGGGAAAAAAUUCACUUACAGAUCAAACCUUUUUCAUCAUCAGAGAAUCCAUACAGGGGAGAGGCCCUAUGAAUGCAGUGAGUGUGGGAAAAACUUCACUAGCAACUCAGAUCUUUCUAAACAUCGGAGAAUCCACACAGGGGAGAGGCCCUAUGAAUGCAGUGAGUGUGGGAAAAAAUUCACUCACAUAUCAAACCUUUUUCAUCAUCAGAGAAUCCAUACAGGGGAGAGGCCCUAUAAAUGCAGUGAGUGUGGGAAAAGUUUCACUACAAGCUCAGCCCGUUCUGUACAUCAGAGAAUCCACACAGGGGAGAGGCCCUAUAAAUGCAGUGAGUGUGGGGAAAGUUUCACUAGAAACUCAGCCCUUUCUGCACAUCAGAGAAUCCACACAGGGGAGAGGCCCUAUAAAUGCAGUGAGUGUGGGAAAAGUUUCACUAGAAGCUCAGCCCUUCCUGUACAUCAGAGAAUCCACACAGGGGAGAGGCCCUAUGAAUGCAGUGAGUGUGGGAAAAACUUCACUAGCAACUCAGAUCUUUAUAAACAUCGGAGAAUCCACACAGGGGAGAGGCCCUAUGAAUGCAGUGAGUGUGGGAAAAACUUCACUAGCAACUCAGAUCUUUCUAAACAUCGGAGAAUCCACACAGGGGAGAGGCCCUAUAAAUGCAGUGAGUGUGGGGAAAAUUUCACUCAGAUAUCAAGCCUUUUACAACAUCAGAGAAUCCACACAGCAGAGAGGCCCUAUAAAUGCAGUGAGUGUGGGAAAAGUUUCACUCAGAGAUCAAGCCUUUUACAACAUCAGAGAAUCCACACAGCAGAGAGGCCCUAUAAAUGCAGUGAGUGUGGGAAAAGUUUCACUACAAGCUCAGCCCUUUCUGCACAUCAGAGAAUCCACACAGGGGAGAGGCCCUAUGAAUGCACUGAGUGUGGGAAAAGUUUUACUAGAAGCUCAGCCCUUUCUGUACAUCAGAGAAUCCACACAGGGGAGAGGCCCUAUGAAUGCAGUGACUGUGGGAAAAACUUCACUAGCAACUCAGAUCUUUUUAAACAUCGGAGAAUCCACACAGGGGAGAGGCCCUAUGAAUGCAGUGAGUGUGGGAAAAACUUCACUAGCAACUCAGAUCUUUCUAAACAUCGGAGAAUCCACACAGGGGAGAGGCCCUAUAAAUGCAGUGAGUGUGGGACAAAUUUCACUCACAGAUCAAACCUUUUACAACAUCAGAGAAUCCACACAGCAGAGAGGCCCUAUAAAUGCAGUGAGUGUGGGACAAAGUUCACUCACAGCUCAAACCUUUUACAACAUCAGAGAAUCCACACAGCGGAGAGGCCCUAUAAAUGCAGUGAGUGUGGGAAAAGUUUCACUACAAGCUCAGCCCUUUCUGUACAUCAGAGAAUCCACACAGGGGAGAGGCCCUAUCAGUGCUGUGAGUGUGGAAAAUGUUUCAUUGACAGCUCACACCUUAUUAGGCAUCAGAGAAUCCACACAAGGGAGCGGCCCUGUGGAUCCAGUGAGUGA